AUCAAUACGAUGUCUUGUUGGACGGACAUUCUCAUUCAUGGUAUUCGGAUGGAAGGAUGGACCCGGAGACAUUGUUGAAAUGGCAUAUUGCGAAUGGAUAUAAUGCUGUGAUUGUAAGCGAUCAUAAUACGAUCGAAGGAGGAUUAGCAGCUCAGGAAAUUGCGCUCGAAAAAUAUGCAGACAAGAUCACUGUAAUCCCAGCCAUGGAAUUAUCAUGCUGUCGAUUCCAUAUGAACCUGAUUGGGAUUAAUGAGACUAUUGAUAUUGCAAUGACAAAGUGGCCAACGGAUGAACAAAUCAAGGCAACGAUCGAUAGGACUCAUCAACUUGGAGGAUUGGCCAUCAUCAACCAUAUCCCAUGGAGCAAUGCCACAGAAUACGGUUACAAUUUGCCAAGGAUGCAAAGACAUCCGAGUCGAGAAGCUCUGGUGGAGAUGGGCAUUGAUGGGUUCGAGAUUGUGAAUGGGGCAACAUUGGAUACAAUCUCACUCAAAUUCAUUCAAGAUCACAAUCUACUCUUGAUCACGGGCACAGAUGUUCAUUAUCCAGAUUCGACCGCCUACAGUUGGACCAUCCUCAAUACCAACGGGAAUCGAACAGCAGCCAAUAUCAUGGAUCAAUUAAGGGCUCGUAGGACCUCUUUUUUAUUUGAUCCGGCAGGAACCCUGUACAUGUCCUAUCCUGUUGAGAACCCAGAUUAUUUCUGGUCUGCCCCUCCGACCCUUUUGGGCAAUUACUUUAGAAUGUUCUGGGGGGAUAAGACAGGGAUGUAUUCAUUCUCACCCGAAGGUGGGUUCUGUCAUGAGAGCUAUGUGUUUUUUCGGUAUGACCUCAUUGCCUAUUUUAUCGCUUGGGUCGUGAUCGGCUUCUUGUUGUUCGAGGCAGGUCGGUUGGUCGUGGUCGGAUGUAUUUGGGGACCCUUCCAACGAAGACGCAGGUAUAUGAGAAGAAAGAGGAAACAGCUUCAUAAAAACAGCCAUACUAGUCAUAAUAUGAAUAAUACUGAGGAGAGCACUACUAGUUGUAGUGGCAGCGACUCUGAGGGUCAAGCAAAUAGAACAAGCAGCCGUAUGGAUGAGGCAGCAGUAUUCCGAGCAUGA